AUGAUUCCUUCCGUUGUUCUGGCCAUGUUCGGCCUCAUCUCUGUUUCCAACGCCGCCAUCGCCUCAGGCCCCCUCUCCGCUGACGAUAUAAUCGUCCUGGGCAACGACGGCACCUCUCGGAUCAUGAAGGCUGCUGACUUUCAUGCACUUGAGACCAGAGGAGCUGCACCUCGGACCUCUGGUGUCCAACAAAUCUCAAACCCAGUUCUUCAUCGCCGUGGCUGUGAGAAGAGUACCGAGGUCCAAAUCCUAUCAGACGAACAAUUUCUCAAUUGGGACAUUGCAAUCUCUCCAGUCAUCAGCAGCGUGGGUGGCAAAGGCAGCGUUACUGUAUCCUCAGGCUAUGAGAUCUCCAACUCGGUAUCCGUUGGUAGCGAAAUUAGCGUCAGCGCUGCAAAAGAAAUUCUUGGCUUGUCGCUCUCAGUCGAAGUAUCUGAGUCCUGGACUACCUCUCAAGAACAAUCGUUGACUUUCGAGGUCCCCGAUGGUCAUCACGGUGUUAUUGUCAGCGAGCCCUACGUGCGCCGUGUGCAGGGAAAUGUUCUCGAUGGCUGCACUGACAGCUGGGAGAAGUCAAGUUUUGUCAGCGAUAGCUACGAAAGUCAGAAUUACGGAAAUCUCAACUGGGUAAAGGGGGUUAUUCGUCUGUGCAGCAGCGAGACAUACCCGAUUCCCUACUGCAUUGGCGAGGGUAGCCACAAGUAA